AUGAACAGCAUACUACGUCCAUUCCCUUUCAGUGUAAAAGAAUCGUAUUAUAUAAUUUUACCCGAUUUUGAAUUCUCAUACGGACAAUUGGCGUUCUACUUAUUUAGCGCCGUGAUUGCGAAAUUAAUAUAUAGUGCAGUAUAUAAUUACUACAUUAGCCCACUCAAAGCGAUCCCUGGACCCAGACUAAACGCAAUUACUAAAUUACCCAUUCGAUUACGAAGACCCGAAGGGAGAGUGUUUGACUGGUUCUAUUCUCUUCACAGACAAUAUGGGCCAGUCGUACGUGUUAGUCCAAGAAUGGUUUUAUUUGCAGAUAAAGACGCCGUUAGACAGAUACUCGUGUCUGAUGAUCUCCCAAAAAGUGAAGAGGUCGUCAGAAUAAGGGUUGACGCAUCAUUCCAAACUCUCUUCUCUGCAGAUGACAAAACGUUUCACAAAACCAGAAAACGUUUAUUAUCUCCGGCAUUCUCUGUCAAGUAUACUUCUUCGCUCGAGCCAUUCAUGCAUUCGUGUGUCCAAACCCUCGUAGGAAUAAUACACAACACAGUCAUGAACAAUAGCUCUGAGAAACCAACCACAGUAAACCUCUAUCAGUACGUACAAGCAGCCGCUUUCGAUAUCAUUGGCGAAACCGCAUUCGGAGAAUCGUUCAAAUUAUUGGAAAAUGGUAAACAUCCGUUACCAAUUAAGGUAUUUGAGGAACUUCGAAAGCGCGUACUACGUGCAACCUUCCCUUUCCUAAAACCUUUUUUACAACAAGACCCUUACACUGAAGAAUUUGUCACAAAAAUUAUUCGAGAACGACAUGCUCAAAAUGCAAAUGGAGUACGACGUCACGACAUCCUUCAAAUCCUCAUUGAUGCUAAAGAUGAAGAAACUGGCAAGGGCUUAACCGAAUUUGAAAUAUAUGAUCAAGUCAUGGAGUUUUUAAUCGCCGGUGGUGAUACUACCGCAUUUACAAUCAAUAUGGCUUUAGUACUUCUACUUCAGAAUCCGCAAGCACUAAGAUCGUUAGUAGCCGAGCUGGACAAAACGUUUUCAGACGUCCGCGAUCGAGACCAAUCAAAGCCAUUUGUUCCCGAUCAUGACUCUCUGAAACAUCUUAAAUACCUUAAUGCGGUUAUCAAAGAAACCUUGCGCAGAUUUCCUACUGCUCUCGCUGGUGUUCUCAGGCAAACUAAAACCGAUACUAUAAUAGGCGGAUAUUUUAUUCCGAAAGAUACUCUUGUUACAGCAUCCUUUUAUCAAGUUCAGAACUCCAAAGAGCUUUGGGGACCUGAUGCUGAGGAAUGGAUUCCGGAACGAUGGCUUGAUGCCGACAGAAUACCACGAAAUUGUUUGUACGGAUUUGGUGGCGGAUCUCGUAUAUGCAUUGGUCGACAUUUUGCUUGGGCUGAAAUGAGGAUAAUGUUAGCUUCUUUAGUGAUGAACUUUGACUUAACCGUAAUACCUGGUCAAAACCUGGAGUUGGUGCAUUUUAUUACUCCCUCUUUAAAGACAAAAAGGUUUGAAGUGGAGGAGCCAGACGUGAAGGAUAAAUACUACAGUAAAGUAAAUGAAGAUAAAAGAGUGUUGAUAGAGAUGGCAAGAAUAUCGACGGGGAAAAUAAAAACAACGCUGAGAAGAAUACAAUAUGUAGAGAAGACAAAUACGUCAUUAUUGAAUUCGUCAUCUAUGGGUACAGCUUCAAGAGCGACUACAACUAGCUCCAAGUCAACUUGGAAGCCGAAUCCAUUUACUCCGGCUACUCCCACAUCGGCUACAUCAAGCGAUCAUAACAAGUCGCUUCCUCGGCGACAAUUGAAAAGAAUAUCCACCUCCUUCCAAGGUAACUUUACACCUUUCCACAAGAGCAAGCCAAUUAAUCCUAGUACCAUACCACCAAUAUGGCCAUUUGGACAACGGCCAUUCCGACUACAGAAUGGAGUCAUGGGUGUUGCCGUCAGUUACGGCUUAUAUCGAAAUCCCGAUGUGCAAGUUGCAUUCGGUACCUUUCUGUUAUUUAUGGGAGUUGCUAUUUCAAUCACGGUGAGCAAAAAGUACCUGAGUGUAUUAGUACUGCUCUCCCAGCUCGCAAGAGCCGGGGCAAUCGUUCACUAA